AUGCCGCCCAAAAAGCAAGACAAUGCGCCCAAAAAGGUCGCCGUCGACAAGACCUUUGGCAUGAAGAACAAAAAGGGAGGAGCCGCCCAACGCGCCAUCAAGCAAAUCACCGCAACCUCCAACCUGCCCGCCGACCUGAAGAAAAAAGAAGCCGAAAAGCUGGCCCGCGAAAAGGAAAAGCUCGCCGCCGAAGCCGCCAAACGCGAGGCCGCCGAACUCUUCAAGCCCGUCCAGAUCCAAAAAGUGCCGUUUGGUGUUGAUCCCAAGACCGUGCUGUGUCAGUUUUUCAAAAAGGGGGCUUGUGAGAAGGGGAGGAAGUGCAAGUUCAGCCAUGACUUGAGUCAGGGUAUCAAGGGCGAGAAGAAGAGUUUGUAUACCGAUACGAGGGAGUUGGAGAAGGAGCAGCAAGAGGAGGAGAGGAAGAAGGAUGACAUGGCCGAUUGGGACGAGGAAAAGUUGCGCAAUGUCGUCAUGAGCAAGCAUGGUAACCCCAAGACCACGACGGACAAGGUGUGCAAGUUCUUCAUCGAGGCCGUCGAGAAUGGCAAGUAUGGUUGGUUCUGGACUUGUCCCAACGGCGGCGACAAGUGCAUGUACAAGCACAGUUUACCACCAGGGUAUGUUUUCUCUCUUCUCCCAUCUCCUACCCUUCACACUAACACUUCCACAGCUNUCGUCCUCAAGACAAAAGAACAGCGCGCCGCCGAAAAGGCCCUCAUGGACAAAUCCNCCCUCAACACUCUAACCCUCGAAGACUUCCUCGACAGCGAACGCCACAAACUCACCGGCACCUUGACUCCAGUCAACGAAGAAACCUUCCAAAAGUGGAAAAAGGAACGCAUGGACAAAAAGGCCGCCGAACAAGAAGCCCAAAAGAUGAAGGAAGCCACCGGACGCGCCUUGUUCGAAAAGGGCGACUGGAACGACGAAAACGAUUCAGACGCCGAAGACGACGACAACUGGAACUUGGAGGCCAUGAGAAGAGAAACCGAAGCCGCUAGGCAAAGGAAAGAGGAAAUUAGAUUGGGGCUUAAUCUUGACGAGGCACAGCAGAUUACGACUGAUGCGAGUGAGGGUGUGGGCGAGAUGGUCGAGGUUGCUGUGGAGCCUAAUGGAAAUGUCAAGGAUGACGAGUAA